GAUUAAUUGACUUUCUUCAUUAUGAAUCACCACCCAUCUUCAUUGUAUUUAUAUAUUCAUCAAAUUUCUCAGCCCUUCUUCAAUCUCUCAACUCUCACCAACUGGUUUCUCUUUCCCAUCUAAUUUCUCUUAAAUCAAGAAACGGACCAAAAAAUGGAAGGUGUUUCGACGAUGGUGUACAAGGGUUUGAGGAACUACUGGCAGAGGAGAGGUUACGAGAGGAUAAAUGGGACAGGUCGGAGACGGACAAGAAGCCGAUUGGAGUUGAAUUCAACCCGGAGAAGACGAUCCUGGCGGAUUAAGAUCAAACCUAAGCUUAAAAUACUCAGAGUGGCUUCACCAAAGAAGUUCUUUCUAUGGCUGCGUGACUCCUACGUGAAGAUGAUGAUGAGUUUCGCUAAUUCACGGGUUUGUACUGGUUAUGGCGGAGCCUUUGCCGGUCAAGGGGUUUAUGGAUUUGGAAAGGGUCCACUCAAAGAGUACGAUGAGAAGAUGAUCAUUGAGAUCUACAAGUCUUUAAUGUUGGGGGCACCGGGUCAGUUGGUGCCUCGAGAUGCAGCUAAACUUGGUUCAGAGAUCGCUUGCGAAGCUAGCUAGCUAGCUAGCUACCUAAUAUGUAGCAGCAUAGCAAAAUACGUUAUUAAUAUAUCAGGUACAAAAGUUUCGCUUAUAGAACUUGAUGCUCACUUGAAUUCAUGGAAGAUGCAUAUUCCAGUAAAGAUCAUGAAAAUUCUUCAAGACUAUCCUGAAAGAAACAAAGAUCGAUGAAGACCAAAAAAGGCUUUACUCUUUUUUCUUUCCUCCUUUACAGAAUAGCUUUUAAUGUUGUCCUGCUGGUAAGUUGUAAUGAGCAAAUGUUCAGUUGUUGGCAAUAAGUCUUUAAGCCACCUAUCUUCCUUCCUGGCAGAAGAAGCAGAAUAAAAAUUACUUGUUUAAAUUUCUGGUAAUAUUUUGGGUUGAUUUAGAUUAUGAUUUGGUCGUUAGUAAAGGAAGGUAAGUGAUGAAGGUGGUGGGCACAUAUAAUCAAUGCAAAAUUUGACCAUUGCCGUUACUUUUACGGUGGAA